AUUGAGAUUAAGGCAGGAAGUCCCUUCAAGUUCAAACAAGAAGAUGGAUAUGUGAUCCGUGUCACUCAGGUUACACUUGGUGAGUCGAAGAAGGUGAAAGAUGAGGCUAUUCAUCUCUAUGUGAAGGUCGGUGGCAGUAAGGAAAAGCUUCUUGUCGGAAACCUCUCGCAGAAGAUUCCUCAGCUCUCUAUGGAUCUCAUCUUCGAGCAAGAUUUUGAGUUUUCUCACGAGUGCAAAAACAGCAGUGUCUUUGUUCUUGGUUACAAGAGUUAUAAUGAUGACGAGGUGGAGGAUUUUGAUUCUGAUGAUGAGGAUAUCCCCAUGGAUAUGUUUCAAAAUCAAUUGGAGAAAGCAAACGCUAAUGGGGUAAAUGAUGAAAAGGCAAACCUUGAAGCUGGUGAAGAUGACUCUGACGACGAAGAUGAAUCUGACUCCGAUGAGAUGGGUUCGGAUGAAGAUGAGGAUGACUCUUCUGAUGAAGAAGAAGAAGAGGAAGAAGCACCUGUAGAGGUGGAGCCUCCGAGCAAGAAGAGGCCAAAUGGUGGAGCAGUGAAGAACACAAAUGCAUCAAAGAAAGCUAAAGUUGCAACUCACCAUAAGCAUUCAGGAAAGGGAUGCUGCUAA